AUGCAUUUACACUUUGAAAGGAACGUGAAUGCUAAGUGCGAUUGCACGAUAUUGUCGCUAUCAUGGAUGGGGAAAGUUCCUGACGAGCUGCCUGAGGAGGAAGGAUGGAAACUAAAUCGUAAUAACUACUAUCAAGAGGGUUGGUUGGCGACAGGUAACGUUCGUGGGGUGGUGGGUGUAACCUUCACAUCGUCCCACGCGAGACGCCCCCACGAAUUACCUUUGAGGACCAACUACAACCUACGAGGACACAGAUCAGAUGUUAUACUUGUGAAGUGGAAUGAACCAUACCAGAAAUUGGCAUCGUGCGAUAGUUCGGGGGUAAUAUUCGUAUGGAUAAAGUACGAAGGUCGAUGGAGUAUUGAGUUGAUCAAUGACAGAAGCACUCCGGUCACACAUUUCUCCUGGUCACACGAUGGAAGGAUGGCUCUUAUUUGUUACCAGGAUGGCUUUGUGCUGGUAGGUUCAGUAGCUGGGCAACGUUAUUGGUCCUCAAUGUUGUCUUUGGACGCUCGGAUAACAUGCGGAUGCUGGACCCCUGAUGACAGUCAGGUAUACUUGGGAACCGCAUCUGCGCAACUGGUUGUCAUGGAUGUUCACGGUGCUAUGGUUUCUCAGGUGCAGCUUGUCGCUGAGGGAGGAAUAAUAUCAAUGGCGUGGUCCUGUGAAAAAUUCAAAAUGGAAGAGGGGGAGGAAGCUACAGAAAACAAUGGUGGACACGUCCUUGCUGUUGCUCUAGGUAGUGGGGAGAUCGUCCUUAUGCGGGGCCACGAUGACGUUAGCCCAGUACGGAUUGGCACUGGCUUGAGAGGAACAACGUUGGCUAUGGAAUGGGCUAAUUCAAGAGAACUCCUCGCUGUUGCUGGCACCUUAAUACCUGAAAACGGCGAGCCUGAAGAUAGUCCACCUUACAAGAAUGUGGUGAAAUUCUAUUCGGAUACUGGAACUCUUAUUUAUACCGUUCCCAUUCCAAACACGCAGGCCCGCGUAACAGCAUUGACUUGGGGACAUGCAGCUAGGAGGUUAUUCGUCAGCGUGGGUGGUGCAGUGUGCACAGCUCGCGUAUGGCGCGUAGUUGCCCCACUACAGUUGCUUGCUCGAGUACGAGCAGCGGCUGCACUUCGGCAUCCUAGACUUGCUGCCCGACUGCCGCUGCCGCCAAGGUUGCAGCCUGCUUUAGCGAGUCUUUUUGCACAUACAAUACGGUGUAACGUACCGGAAACAAGUGAGUUGCGACGUUUUGUAUCGCGGCCCCCCGCGGCCGGAGGGCGUCUCCAUUGUACUAUGUUACGACACGACGAUGAAGAGGCUGGGGCUUAUACCCUGUAUUUAGAACACCUAGGAGGGCUUGUGCCUUUACUGAAGGGUCGCCGGACGAGUAAGAUCAGACCAGAGUUCGUCAUUUUCGACCCGCAAGCUGAAGAAAGCGCUAUAGCACCAGUUACUAGAGAAUCGAGCAGUAGUAGUGCUGGCAGUUCGUCUAGCAGCGGUGGUAGCGCGGGUAGUUGCCGAGGAAUAUCUUCACCUCGCGCUCCACAUACACCUCGCAUUAACCGUCGUUCGCGGACUACACAAGACGAUUCCUGUUCAUCGGACACCGAACGAGAAGACGGGUGUUCAGGGUCACCGCGCCUGCAACGACGGCGACGCGCCAGAGAUAGGCGCAAGUCUAGAAAUUCCAGUGACAGAGAUGACACUCCUGAUGAACUAGCAUAUAUCGAUUCUCUACCGGAGGAUGUUAGAUUAGUGGAAGUAACAUCAAAUAUUUGGGGCACGAAGUUCAAAAUGCACGGCUUAGCAAAAAACGUACCAGCAAAUCUCGGACAAGUUACUUAUAAAACAUCCCUUUUACAUCUACAACCAAGGCAAAUGACGUUAACAAUUACGGAAUUGAGGGACGAUUAUCCCGUUGGACCUGAUCCCAAUUUUAACCCUAAUAUUUUCUCUGAAGACGAAGAAGAUGUAUUCCAAUCUAGUGACAAUAAUUCACCCACGCAUUCAAAUAAUAACAUUAGGAGAAAGUUCAACCCCUCUAUUCUUAAUGAAAGGAUAGGAAAUCCAAACAAUAUCAAUCAAGCUGACACUUCAAACAAUAAUACCACGAAUGCAACGAUAGCUAGAGCGGAAUCUUACGAAGGUUUUCCUUUUAUAGAUACGAGUGACGCUAUGAACAAUAUACCAGAGAACGUUUAUUCUACGCCCAUACGGCAUGCGCCACAAGCUACAGAAAGAAGAGUCAACACAACUACCAGUGGACCAAAUAGACACGCUAUAUCUCCUCUCCGAUGUGAAGGCUCGGUUCCUACUUUACAAUCGCCGAAGAACGCGGUCGCUCCAACUGACAUAAUUUUUGAAAGGCCUUCGCCACAGGCUGUCACGUGUGGAGGCAGAGGUGAUUUCUAUGGAGGAAGAACUGACUAUAGCGUCAGAGGUGAUAGCGUAUCUCUCAAAGGAAAUAUUUCCAAUAGCGAACAUCAAAAUUUUAAUUUAAAUCUAAGUUUAGAACCUAGUCGCCAAGUCACUAUUAAGAAAUGUGAUAGUCACGUAACUGAUAAUUGUUUGUCAAAAAUCCGUAAGAAUAUAUGCAAUAGGGGAGAAUCAGCUUCGUACGAUACUAGAAUAUUAAAGUCAUUAUGCAAUAAAAACUACGAACACGAAGUACAUCCUGAUGCAUUAAGCAAGAGAAAUGAAGUUUUGAAAAAUUUACAAAAAGGCGAGGAUCUCAAAUACAUAGACGAGGAGACGCCCGUUGAAACAACCAUUACAAAUAUAACGGAAAAGCCACGAGAAGUAGAGAGAAGAGUUCAAAGAACGACUACAGUAGUUCCCAUAAGUCCUGUUUGUGCAAACGUUCCUAUGUACGACACGAUGACGCGAAGCUGUAGUGUUGGCUAUUUAGAUCUAGUUGACCCACAGGUUCUUCACGCGCAAGUAAGCCUAUCCGCUUUACGCGGCGAACCUCAACGACGACUGGUUCUAGUUAAUAACAAGCGCCAAAAACGGCCAAAAAAAUAUUUUAAAAACGAUAUGAAAACCGUCGAAGCUACAAGAAUGCCUUUAAAGAAAUGUGGAAAAUCGCGAAGCUUAGAUUCAAGUGAACUAUCUAUCACCGCCGAUAAGGGGAAAAAACAGUUAAAGUCAGAGUUAAAUACUAAAAUGGAUAACGUUUCAGUUAAUUCCAGUAGUCGGUGUAAUAGUACAGGGGAAGAUAAUAGUGGUACGAGUACAGAGGAGAGUGGUAGGGCAGUCAGACGAUUGCGCAGAGACUAUCCAGUGUGUACGGUGUGCCGCUUGGUGUCUCCGUACGACAAACGCGACGUGGACACCGAGACGUAUGUCUGUGUGGCGUGUAGUUCGAGGUCUGCGCCACCAGUUCCACCACCGCAACCGCAACUAACAGACUCCGACUCCGACUACAGCAAGUAUUAUAGUUCCUUAGAGCAGCUGGCGUUGCGACUGCUAGCAUCGCGCGGUGGUACGCGUAGUGCUAGUUCUAAUAUUGUUCGCGAGAGCAGUUCUGCGCCCGCGUCGCCUCGACCGGCGCGGUCAACUGCUUCUGCAGUCCCUGCCUCAGCUGGAUCACCUGCACCAAGACAAAGAAAGCAUAGAUAUUCCUCUGCAUCGCCAAUUAGACAACUACUCAAUUCGCCUUUGCUGAAUCGCAGAAGGAACAAGAAAUUGUCAGAGAGUUCAGAUGAUGAAUUUCCCAACGGUUAUAACGAAAUCAAUAGUAAAAACUUCAGAGAUUUGGAGAGCUUUCAGAAGGCACAAUUAAGAAAUAAGAUAAAACGUGCUGGUGGUAACAUAAGCGCGGGUGAUCGCUCCGCUCGACGCCAGCUAGUGAUGCACAACAAAGCACCUAUGUGGAACGAGAACAGUCAAGUAUACCAAUUGGAUUUUGGCGGUCGCGUCACACAGGAAUCAGCUAAGAACUUCCAGAUCGAGUAUCAUGGGAAACAGGUCAUGCAAUUCGGACGCAUUGAUGGCAACGCGUACACUCUGGACUUCCAGUACCCAUUCUCCGCGCUGCAGGCGUUCGCGGUUGCGCUCGCGAACGUCACACAGAGGCUCAAAUGA